AUGACGUCCCCGUACCAUACCAGGCCUCCACCAGCUGAGAAUGUCUCCUUACCAUAUCAGCCACCACCAGCUGAGGACGUCUCCGAACCAUACCAGCCCCCAACAGCUGAGGACGACUCUGUACCAUACCAGCCCCCACCAGCUGAGGUCGUCUCCGUACCAUACCAGCCUCCACCAGCUGAGGUCGUCUCCGUACCAUACCAGCCUCCACCAGCUAAGAACGUCUCCGUACCAUGCCACCCCCAACAGCUGAGGACGUCUCCGUACCAUACCAGCCCCCACCAGCUGAGGUCGUCUCCGUACCAUACCAGCCCCCACCAGCUGAGGUCGUCUCCGUACCAUACCAGCCCCCACCAGCUGAGGUCGUCUCCGUACCAUACCAGCCCCCAACAGCUAAGGACGUCUCCGUACCAUACCAGUCCCCCAACAGCUGAGGACGUCACCGUACAAUACCAGCCCCCAACAGCUAAGGAGGUCUCCUUACCAUACCAGCCCCCAACAGCUGAGGACGUCUCCGUACCAAUCCAGCCCCCACCAGCUGAGGACGUCUCAGUAUCAUACCAGCCCCAACAGCUGAGGACAUCUCCGUACCAAUCCAACCCACAUCAGCUGAGGAAGUUUACGUACCAUACCAUUUCCUCACCAUCUGAGAACGUCUCUGUACCAGACCAGCCCAAACUAGCUGAGUACGUUUCCGCACAAUACCAGUCCCCCACCAGCUGA